CGACUGGUUCGACUCGUCACCUAACUCGCCGAGUUAGGGUUUUAAGGAGGUUUCUCUGUUCCUCUCUUCCCCUCGUCCGCUGGAUAGAGGUAGCGAGGGUGGGAAAUGGCGUCGCUCUGUAGGUGCGCCGCCGCUGUCGCGAGGUCCGUCGCCGUUCGCUCCAAAGCCCCACUUCCUAAGCCCACUCCUUCCAGGAAAGCGGCCCCUUUCUUUCGGAGGUCGAUCUCGCCGGCGUUGGGAAGCGUGGAGUCUCUGAUGCCUCUCCACAGCGCCAUCGCCUCUGCCCGUCUUAGGUCGUUCAUAGCCGUCGAUUCCUCCUGCUGGAGCUGGCUCUCUCAAGGUUUAAACAAGCGCAUCUGAUCACGGCUACACAGAGUGCAAGGAGAAGGGAAGGAACGUUUCAUACUUUGCUGUUCCUCGGUGAUGGAGACAGAAGGCUGCUGUUAUCUCACCACCAAAUUGAGCUGCUCUUUAUUACCUAUUUUCAAACUGAGCUUAUGUUUCAAAGCUUCUGCCAAUUUUUGUGCUUGUACCAUGUGUGAUAGAUAAAACUUAUCAAUUCCUUUAAGAAACUUACAACUCAGUAUUCCAAACAGUGAAGAAAACUGUGUAGAGUUAGUUGCUUUUUUAUCUUUGAAUUUGAGAAAUCAACCAGUUAAUGAGCUUGCCAGUGCUGCAA